CUCUGACGAGCGCUCGUCAAGGCGACGUUCCGAGGUUAGAACAAUGGUAUAUGUUGAGUCCAAGCUCCUAGUAUGGCCAUUCCCUUCUCAAUGCCCCGUGGAUCGUGAAGUGAGCAAUCAUGAAUUUCGAACUCCCACCUGAUGUCCAGUCCUAUCUCUCCCGCCUGGACGAGUUCAUAAACAGCAAAAUCCUGCCCUUACAGCAUGCCGGAAACAACAACCGUUUCUUCGAUCAUCGGCGUGAAGCUUCACGUACACAAUGGGACAAUGGAGGACUCCCUACUGAUGACUGGGAGCAUCUUCUCCACGAGGCCCGCAAGUUGUCAGACGACGCAGGGUUCUACCGCUUUGCCUUCCCGAAGGAAUAUGGUGGAGCUGGAAGUACUUCCCAAAACCUGUACAUGAGUGCCAUCAGGUACCAUCUGGCAUCCCAUCCUGUAUAUGGUGGAGGGGUCAGUCUGGCCAACGACCUGCAGAAUGAGCACAGCGUCGUAGGAAACAACCCGAUCGUCAUUAUGCUCCAUCAUUACGGCACGCCGGAGCAACAGCAGAAGUUCAUACCAGCGAGCGUCCGCGGCGAGUUUAGAGCGACUUUUGGACUCACCGAAAUCCAUCAUGGUUCCGACGCGACGCACAUGGACACCACGGCCACACCGAUUACAUUACCGUCGGGCGAAGCUGGGUACACAAUUAAUGGCAACAAGAAGUGGCAAACGGGCAUGCACAAUGCCACACACUGCCUUAUUUUUGCGAGAACAUCGGGCAAAGCUGGGUCGCCAAAAGGAAUCACUGCUUUCAUAGUGCCCAGAGACACGCCUGGUGUGACAGUGGCUUCGUAUGAAUGGACGCUCAAUAUGCCGACAGACCACGCGACAGUUUUGCUGGAGGAUGUCAAAGUUCCAGCCUCUGCCAUCUUGGGCCCCGUUGAUAAUGGCUUGGCCAUUGCACAGACCUUUACGCAUGAGAAUCGGAUACGUCAGGCAAGCUCAAGUUGUGGCGCAGCAAGAUAUUGCAUCGACAGGAGUGUUGAGUAUGCCAAUGAACGCAAAGUGUUUGGAAAACCAUUAUCGUCGCAUCAAGCUAUUCAAUGGCCACUGGUGGAAUUGUCUACUCAGGCUGAGAUGUUGCGGCUGCUGAUCCUCCGAACCGCCGUGGAAAUGGACCAAGUGACGGCAGCAUGUAAGGCUAGUGGGAAGGCCCCUUGGGUCGCGAUCGAGAAACAACUGGGUCAUAAAAUCGGGAUGUGCAAUUACUAUGCCAAUCGAUUAGCGACAGAGGCUGCCGAUCGAGCAAUCCAGGUUCACGGUGGAGUGGGGUAUUCGAGACACUAUCCCUUUGAACAUAUUUGGAGACACUUCAGGAGGUAUAGGAUUACAGAGGGAAGUGAAGAGGUGCAAAUCAGGAAGGUGGCUGCAUAUCUGUUUGGAUACAAGACGACAGGGGAGUCGGGGGACCAAAAGAAAGCACAGGAAUUGAACAAAGGAGAGGCAAAGUUGUGAUUGUGCUUUUCUAUGGAGUUCUUGUUAUUGAGCUUCCAAUGUAUGACUAUGUGCUCCGGAGUUACCAAGACAGGACCAUCCAAGGCUUAGCACACGUCUUCCACCACCAGCUUUUCUCCGCUUGGUGCGCCGAGGUCGGUUUUUAGUCUCCUGUUGAAGAGCUCCAUGAGCAUCUCGAAACAGACCUUGGUGACGGCGGGAUCGUAACGUCCUUUGCUCAACUCAUCACGGACAAAGGCAUGUUGAGCGGCGAAGACUUCGUAGAAGGAAAACUCGACACCCGCCUCGUGAAGAGUCUUGCGGAUCAGGUCUCGACCCUCCGCCGGAACGUGAGGGUCAC